GGAACUAAAAGAUCAAAUGGCAUCAAGAAUGUUCAACGCAGGAGUGACCGAGGGACAAUCAACCACGAGGCCACCUUUGUUCGAUGGAACAAACUACUCGUAUUGGAAGGAAAGGAUGAGAAUCUUUAUCCAAUCCAACGACUACAAGCUGUGGUUGAUUGUGAAGAACGGCUGCGGAGUCCCGAUGAAGAAAGUCGGUGAAGUCAACGUUCCCAAAACCGAAGAGGAGUUCACCGACGAAGACUGCAAAAAGAUGGAGCUCAACGCAAAGGCAAUAAACAUGAUUUAUUGCGGUGUCAACGCGGAUGACUACCGCAAAAUCUCGCGGUGUGAAACCGCAAAACAAAUGUGGGAAAAAUUGGAGGUCACCUAUGAAGGAACCGCGCAGGUUCGGGAGGCCAAAAUCGACCAUCUCACUCACGAGUACGAACUAUUCUCAAUGAAGGAAAACGAGAAGAUUGAAGAAAUGUUUGAGAGGUUCUCUAACAUCAUUAAUCCUCUCAAUCUUCUCGGGAAGACAUACACCGACCGAGAGCUCGUGAGAAAGGUGCUGCGAAGCUUAUCCCCCAAAUGGCGUUCAAAGGUGGACGCAAUCGAAGAAGGCCGUGACUUCCAAACAACGACCUAUGAUGCUCUUCGAGAUUUGCAGCUUACAGAUGAGGAGAUCAAAAACUAUGCUCUUGCAGACAUCGAAAGUGGUCCAAAUGAUGGCAUGGUUGAUAUUACAAUUCCACCAGAUCUUCUGGUAGAACAUAGUAACGACCCAAUUCAAUCUAUUGUUGAAGAGAUAUUCCCUUCAAGUUGUGCUCUAGCUCUAGAUAGUACUAUGCUAGAAGAUAGAGCUAUAUUAGCCCCGACAUUGGAAGUUGUUGAAGCAGUGAACAAUUACAUGAUGUCAAAGAACAGUUCCGAAGAACGUGUAUAUUACAGUGCAGAUACCAUAUGCCAAUCUGACAACGGGCGGUGGCAUCUCAAUUUCUUUUUAUCCAACUCAGCCCAAACCACAGAUGGGUAGCUCAUUUUUGCUAAACCCACAUCCAAACAACCAGGAACAAUCAAACCCGGACCGGACCUGCUCUGAUACCAUGUUAAAAUUCUGGCGUGCCGAGAAUAACGGAUAGAGUGUCGGGUAAAAUUAACCACUUGCAUAUAAAGUCGGGAUCCACAAUUCUAACCCAAAAACUUAAGCUGAUAGGUAGGGCUUUACCCUUCAAUAUAUGCAAGUGAUACUC